AUGCGUGAAAUAGUUCACCUUCAAGCUGGUCAAUGUGGAAACCAAAUCGGCUCUAAAUUUUGGGAAGUGAUAUCCGAUGAACAUGGUAUCGAUCCUACUGGUACAUAUCAUGGCGAUUCUGAUCUACAACUUGAACGUAUCAAUGUCUAUUAUAAUGAAGCAGCUGGAGGCAAAUAUGUACCUCGUGCUGUUCUUGUUGAUCUUGAACCAGGUACAAUGGACUCCGUUCGAAGUGGUCCAUUCGGUCAACUCUUUCGACCAGAUAACUUUGUUUUUGGUCAAUCUGGUGCUGGUAACAAUUGGGCCAAAGGUCACUACACUGAAGGUGCUGAACUCGUUGAUUCAGUCUUGGAUGUUGUCCGAAAAGAAGCCGAAUCAUGCGAUUGCCUUCAAGGCUUUCAGUUGACCCACUCGCUCGGUGGUGGUACUGGAUCUGGAAUGGGUACUUUACUCAUUUCAAAGAUCCGCGAAGAAUAUCCAGAUCGUAUCAUGAUGACAUUUAGUGUUGUUCCAUCACCAAAAGUAUCAGAUACUGUUGUUGAACCUUACAAUGCAACACUCUCGGUCCAUCAACUCGUCGAAAACACCGAUGAAACAUACUGUAUCGACAACGAAGCUUUAUACGACAUUUGCUUCCGUACAUUGAAACUAACAACACCAACCUAUGGCGAUCUCAAUCAUUUAGUUUCAGCCACCAUGUCUGGAGUAACAACCUGUCUCCGAUUUCCAGGUCAAUUAAAUGCUGAUUUACGUAAAUUAGCUGUUAACAUGGUUCCAUUUCCACGUUUACACUUCUUCAUGCCUGGUUUUGCUCCAUUGACAUCUCGUGGUUCUCAACAAUAUCGUGCAUUGACUGUCCCAGAACUCACGCAACAAAUGUUCGAUUCUAAGAACAUGAUGGCUGCAUGUGAUCCUCGACACGGUCGCUAUUUAACUGUAGCUGCAAUCUUCCGUGGUCGUAUGUCAAUGAAAGAGGUCGAUGAACAAAUGUUGAACGUACAAAACAAAAAUUCAUCGUACUUUGUUGAAUGGAUUCCAAACAAUGUGAAGACGGCUGUUUGCGAUAUUCCACCACGUGGUCUCAAGAUGUCGGCUACAUUCAUUGGUAAUAGCACAGCCAUUCAGGAAUUAUUUAAACGUAUAUCUGAACAAUUCACUGCAAUGUUUCGUCGUAAAGCUUUCUUGCAUUGGUACACUGGCGAAGGCAUGGACGAAAUGGAAUUCACUGAAGCCGAAUCGAACAUGAAUGAUUUAGUUAGUGAAUAUCAACAAUAUCAAGAUGCAACCGCCGAAGAAGAAGGCGGCGAAGGCGAAGGCGAAGAAGAAGAACAUGCUUGA